CAAGUGCAUAUUUGCUUAGAGACUGCUAGGGUUAACAGCAAAAUGAAGGUGGUAUUAGGAGUGAUUGUACUGAUCAGUUACGUCGCAAGUUCCAAUUUGAGGGUCGACCCUCUGGUGCUGAUCGAGCAAGGCCUGGUGAGAGGGCAAAGGGCCGAGGACGGCGACUACACUACGUUUUUGGGCAUUCCCUAUGCUGCCGUAGAUGAGAAUAAUCCAUUUGGUUCAGCGAAACCACCUGCUGCAUUUGAAGAAGAGAUUUAUAAAGCAAACGAUGGAACAAUCAGGUGUCCACAAACACUAUUUGUGAAUUUCACCCUAGGCGCAGGCACUGAGACCUUAGACUGUCUUCGAUUAAAUAUCUAUGUGCCUAAUGAAGCUACAUCCAAGAACCCUUUGCCCGUGUUGGUGUGGAUUCACGGAGGAGGUUUUGAAUUGGGAUCUGCAUCUUCCUACAAUGUGAUAAGUCUAGUAAACAAAGGCAUUGUAGUAGUUACAAUCAACUAUAGAAUGGGCCCAUAUGGCUUUAUGUGUCUUGAUGUCCCAUCGGUGCCAGGCAACCAAGGUCUCAAGGACCAGUAUGCUGCCCUGCAGUGGGUCAGGAACAACAUAGGAUCAUUCGGAGGCAAUCCUUACAACGUCACCGUAGCCGGCGACAGCGCUGGUGCAUGUUCUACUCUGCUACAUUUAUAUUCGUCUAAAGAUAAGUUGUUCCACAAAGUAAUAGUACAAAGUGGAACCCCACAAAAUGAAGGAAUGUUCGUGAAUGGAGAUGUAGAUGCUGCCAAAAAAUUGGCCAACUAUUUAGGCUUCAAUACCGAUGAUACCGAACAAGCUUUGGAAUUCCUUGCUAAAACCCCAUUCGAUUUAGUCACUGCUGCCACUGUGAAACUUGAUUUGCAAUUAAAACCCUGUCAAGAAAGAUCAUUCAGCGGUGUUGAAAAUUUUGUGGAAACAGAUCCUUAUAGCUUAUCUAAUGAAAAGAAAAUCAGCGGCACACCAAUUUUAAUUGGUCACACAAGCAAGGAAGAGAUGAGCCUGAUGAGCAGUUUUUACGAGGGCUAUUACAGAGAUGACCCAUUUUACACUAGAAUCCUCCUUAACUAUAACUUAAGCGAAGAAAAGGCGAGGAAGGUAGCAGACACUAUAAGACAUUUCUACAUUGGCGACAAGGAGAUUUCACAACAGCAAUUUUCGGAGUUCGGGGAUUUCGAGUCGGAUUUCAUAUUUAAUCAUCCUAUGCAAAGGAUGAUAACUAAAUUGUUGAAUGAAAGUCCAGCUGCCCUGUACCAAUACUUGUUUAGUUACGUGGGUAAUUCUGGAAAGGCGGGUGCAGGGCACGGGGAAGAAUUGAAGUAUCUAUUCCAGUCGAGUAGCUCUUCAGCAAGUGAAGAUGACAAACUCGUAGCUGAACGGAUGGUUGCCAUGUGGGCCAAUUUUAUUAAAACCGGAAAUCCUACACCAAGCGACGAUAGCACUCUCCCAGUGACAUGGACGAAGUCAAGCCUCGCCGUCAGGCCGUACCUGCUCAUAGACAAAGACUUGAAGAUGGAGAGCAGACUUUUCAACGAGAGGAUGGCCUUUUGGGACCUUUUCAACGAUAGCUACGGCACAUACAAUAAGCUUGCAAGAAAUUGUAAUAUUUAAUUUAUUCAAAAUGCUUAACUUUUGAAUAGUUCUCAAAGUUAUGGCCAAGCGCUUGCUUAAGGAUUAUGCUUUAUUAGAGCUUUAUAUCAAAAGUAGUUGAAAUAGUUAAUUGUUUAGCAGACCGGUCGGACCAGACUUGUAUAAAACGUAUAUCAUUUUUAUUAAAAUUCUUAAUGAAA